AUUAUUUCAAAUUAAAAUGUAGGAAAUAUUCAUGGCUGGAUCAGAAACUACAAGCAGCACGAUAGAGUGGGCACUCACAGAGCUUCUGUGCAACCGUAAUUGCUUAAUAAAGGUAAAAUCCGAGCUCAAUAGAGUGGUUGGAACCGCAAGGGAACUCGAAGAGAGUGACAUAGAAAAGCUCCCAUACCUUCAAGCUGUGGUGAAAGAAACACUUCGCUUGCACCCUCCCAUUCCGUUGCUUGUUCCUCGAAGGGCCAUUCAGGACACAAAGUUCAUGGGAUACUACAUACCAAAAGACACGCAGGUCUUCGUGAAUGCGUGGGCCAUUGGAAGGGACCCAGAUGUGUGGAAAGACCCUUUGACCUUCAAGCCUGAAAGGUUUAUUUUUUGUGAUGGUGGGUCAAAGGUAGAUUAUAAAGGUCAACACUAUGAGUUCAUUCCAUUUGGUGCUGGGAGGAGGAUGUGUGCGGGGGUCCCACUAGCCCACAGGGUCCUCCACUUGGUGUUGGGGUCAUUGCUACAUCGCUUUGAUUGGGAGCUUGAUAGCCAUGUCACGCCAUCAACCAUGGAUAUGAGGGACAAAUUGGGAAUUACAAUGAGGAAGCUUGAGCCCUUGCUUGCAGUGCCGAAGCUUGUUGCUCCAUCAUGAGUCUAAAGGUUAAUUCAUCAAGACCUCAGCUGCAUUUCAUAUCGGUUAAUCUAUUAUAUGUAUGUCUUGUCACUUUUUUUAGUGUUUUUGGGUAGUGAAAUAUUUACAUCUUCACCCUUUUAAUGUAUUAUAUACGUGGUUUGAUAUGUUGGUAUCUAUAUUAAAAAAGACACGUUAUGUGUUCAUCAUUUCAAUUCAUGCAAAAACACAUCAAAAUGGAGAAUUUAGAUGGAAUGAAAACUACUUGUAUGAAUUUUAUUGAAAGUAACUACAUAAAUUCUGUCUAUCUUUCAUUUAAA